CCCCGCCCCGGGCGGCGGCCUCAGCCGGUGCCGGGCGGCAUGGCGGGGCCCUGGGCUCUGCCGGCGCCGCUCAGCCCGGCGCAGCUCAAGCGGCUCGAGCAGCACCGCUACAGCGCGGCGGGGCGCUCGCUGCUCGAGCCCUCGCUGCAGCCCUACUGGGCCUGGCUGGUGGAGCAGCUCCCGCUCUGGCUCGCCCCCAACGCCAUCACCCUGGGCGGCCUCCUGCUGAACUGCCUCGCCGCGCUGCCCCUCAUCGCCUGCUGCCCCAGCGCCACCGAGCAGGCACCUUUUUGGGCAUACAUCCUGGGUGCAUUAGGACUUUUUAUCUACCAGUCUCUGGAUGCCAUUGAUGGGAAGCAAGCCAGAAGAACAAACAGUAGCUCUCCCCUAGGAGAGCUCUUUGAUCAUGGCUGCGACUCUAUUUCCACAGUUUUUGUUGUCCUGGGAUCCUGCAUAGCGAUCAGACUAGGAACAAAUCCUGACUGGUUGUUUUUCUGUUGUUUUGUGGGACUGUUCAUGUUCUAUUCUGCUCACUGGCAGACAUAUGUCUCAGGCAUGUUAAGGUUUGGAAAAGUUGAUGUAACUGAGGUUCAGCUAGCUAUAACAAUGCUCCUUUUAAUAUCUGCCUGUGGAGGACCAGCAGUAUGGGACUAUGAGGUCCCUAUGAUAGGAAUAGAACUGAAAUUCUUGGUGGUUUUUGGAAUACUGUCUGGAACAGCAGUUUCUUGUUUCAAUUACUUCCGUGUUAUUUUUGGUGGUGGAGUUGGAAAGAAUGGAUCUACGAUAGCCGGAACAAGUGUUCUUUCACCAGGCCUAAAUAUUGGACUGCUUAUUACACUGGCUAUUAUGAUCUAUAAAAAAUCUACAACACAGCUGUUCGAAAAGCAUCCUUGCCUGUAUGUUUUGACAUUUGGAUUUGUGAAUGCUAAAAUCUCACAGAAGUUAGUGGUGGCUCACAUGACAAAAAGUGAAAUCUCUCUUCAAGACACAGCAUUUAUUGGGCCAGGGCUUCUGUUUUUGGACCAGUACUUCAACAGUUUUGUUGAUGAAUAUAUUGUUCUGUGGAUGGCAUUGUUCAUAUCCUUGUUUGAUAUGCUGAGAUAUGCCACUGGUGUAUGCCUACAGAUUGCUGCUCAUCUUCAUAUACAUGUCUUCAGAAUUUCAUCUCAUCAAGCUCCUGAACAGGUAAAAGUGGUUUCUCCAUUGAGCCAUCAGAAUAACAUGGACUGAAGAGACUUGCGAACAGUUGCCAUCUCCUGCUGUUGCUGUUACAAGAAAAGGAGAUAAUACUGAACAAAUGCCAAAYCCAACCUGAUUCCCUGAGCUAAUUAAAUGAAUACCAAAUGACAUUUUUAUAGAUGUUCUAUUUUUGCAUUUAGCUGAGUCUUUAUAUAUACUUUAUAUACUUACCGUGUCCAUCAUGAUCUUCUUCUGCAACAUAGCCAUUUCUUUGCGAAGCUCACUUUGCGCACCAGCCAGAAGAUUUUCAUUGUUCUUCUCCAGCUCUUCCAUGCUCUGAAGUUAUGGAUAAAUUUAACAUUUAGACAUCGAGGAGAAACAAUUAAAAAAACAAAGCCCCAAACUAUCCUUUAUUCAAACUAGAAUUCCAUUUUUAUAGCAGUACAAAAAMCAAAAAGAUAACUCUUCCUUUUACACACUACUUCUUGAAUGAGCUAAGGUAAAACUCACUGGUUAUCUUUACUUUCAUACAUAAGGUUAYACCUGACUUUAUGUGUUUAUAUGUUUAGCCAUCUUUUUCUUGGCUCAUAUUUAAAGUAAACCUUAUUUGAGGUUUGAUUUCUAAAUUUUGAUUUUCGCUGAGGAGAAAUCACAGCAAUACUUGAACUUCAUUUUGAUUUUGCGUCUUUGAUGACAAUAUUGUGAAGUGAUUAUUUUCACGUCUGUCUAACAUGCUCUGUAAACUUCAGC